AUGGUUUUUUUAGGUAGGCAGCGUACUUUACGAAACCCUAUCCAUUGUUUUGCCAUUGUCUCCGUUGAACAUGUGGGUUUUGAUUAUGCCUCUCGUUUUUUACCUAAAAAUAGCGGUUUCAGGGCAAAUAAUGUUCCUAGGUCCUCUCCUUCAAGCGGAAAUGGGCUGCCUUACGGGUUUCGAAAGGUGUUGGUUGGGUUUGAAACCCAAAGUGAAAAAGUGGGUGUAAAAAUAGGCUUAGCUCAAUGA